AUGUCCUUCACCAAUAUCCCGAUACUCGACCUCUCUCUCGCCAGAUCCCCAGAAACUAAACCCGACUUUCUGGAUCAACUGCGCCAUGCACUACUCGAAGUGGGAUUUCUAUAUCUGAAGAACGUUGGGAUAACCCAGGAAUUAAUAGAUAAUGUUAUCGAGGAAGGGGUCAAGUUCUUUGAUAUACCUCUGGAGGAAAAGACCAAAAUCCAAAUGGUCAACGCGCCCUCAUUCCUAGGCUACUCCCCCCUCUCUGCCGAAAUCACCGCCCACGCGAUCGAUCAACGCGAACAAAUCGAUCUCUCCACUCCCCAUCCCAUCCCUACUGCUACCGAUCCCCUCCACUACAAUCUCCUCGCUCCCAAUCUCUGGCCCUCGCCCGCCUAUCUCCCUAACUUCCGUCCCGUUUUCGAAUCAUACAUUAAACAAAUGGGUGAUAUAUCCAUAUUGUUCACCAGUUUGAUCGCAGAAGCCAUUGGACUCCCCUCGAAUGCAUUUGAGCGAUAUUUCGAUGCCGAUCAACAGCAUAAAUUAAAAGUGGUUAAAUAUCCGGAUUUGAAGGAAUUGGGUCUGCGGCCCGAACAAGAGGGUCAGGGAGUAGGUCCGCAUAAGGAUUCCAUGUUGACGUCAUAUUUAUUGCAGGUUGGGGAUAAGAAGGGGCUACAGGUGCAGAAUUUGAGAGGGGAGUGGAUUGAUUGUCCGCCGAUUGAAGGGACGUUGGUGGUGGCUAUUGGACAGGGAAUGGAGGCGCUGACGAAGGGGGUUUGUAUGAGUACUACGCAUAGGGUCUUGAGUCCACAGUAUGGAGGGGGGCCGAGAUAUAGUGUGCCAUUUUUUCAGGGGGUGAGGGGUAGUACGAGGUUUGAGGAGUUGAAUGAGGUGGGGAUUGGGGAGGUGAAGGAGGAGGUUAAGCAGAUGAGGAGAAAGGUUUUGGAGAGUGUGGGGGGUAGGUUGGAUGAUGUGGAGUUUACUUUUAGAGGGGGCGGAAAGGCGGAUACGCUAGGGGAAGCGACGUUGAGAAAUAGGAUUAAGAGCCAUGUGGAUGUGGGAGAAAAAUGGUAUCCAGAAAUUCUUGCCGAUAUAAGAGCAGAGCAAGAAGCGGAACGCAGACAAAAGGGUUUACCCGUUACUCCACCCGCAGAAACAUAAGGCAGAGAUUCAUUGUCUCAAACAAAUUCAAUAGUCCAUAUGAACCCAACUAAGUCAAGCCCCUUUUCGUUGUUGUAUGCCGAUCCGAACUACCUGACUGGUCCCGAUCCAUUACUCAUCAUGCGAGGUAAAACACACAUUUGUAGAUAAGAUGCAGAUUGUUCUGGUUCAGAUAGCUAGUCUGCUGGCUUGUGAAUAAACGCCUUUAUAUCUCCCGCCCAUGCGCCAAUCGCUUGUUCUUCUUUCGCAAAUUGAUAUCAAUCCUCUGAUCAUCGAAACCCAAAAAUUUCCUCUACCACAUCUGCCCAACCGUAAAAUAUCGUGUCUUCGUCAUUGCGUCGUACGAAAUCGUAAGAUGAGUCGCACAAAGAAGUGUCGAGGAUUUAUUUCUUGCCAACUAAUGCAGCCUGCUGAGCCAUAAACGAUGGGAAGCAGAGUUCCGGUCCUUUUGAGUGUUUGUUCAUGGCGUGUUCAGUGAGACUGGAAGUCUAGUGGUCUUCAAGAAAGUGGUCUUGCAAACCUCGCAUUGAAUAUCCUUUGCUGACUCGUUGACCUUCAGUUGCGACUUUGCGACACCCUUCUCAGCAUCUUUUUGAUUGCGUGCACGCUUGGAAGCUGCUUUUGCGCCCUUACCUCCUCCCAUUUUCAAAGAUGUUUUGAUUGAAUUAAGAAGUUAUUAAAUUGUGUAUAUGGAUGUAUGUAUGUAUGAAUGAUUGAAGUGAUCCGAGACUUUCUUGAUUUCUUGAAGAAGAAGAAGAAGUUGGGGGGAAAGAGAAGAGAAGAGAAGAGGAGAAAAAUAAGAAGUUCUGGAACUUUUUAAUGCGUGUACCAAUAAUAUUUUU